AUGAGGGAUCACUGCACUCCACUGAGUUACCUCCUCGACAAGUACCAACACAAUUUAUAUCUUGAUACGACUCAGCAUCACCAUCAUAGCUUUCAUUCACCUUUUCAUCAUAGAAAACAUCAUCAAACCAUUAAUAAUAAUAAUAACAACAUUGAAUUGAAUGAUAGUAAAGGAGAUGCUGGCCAUUCACUUCAUUCAACUUUUGAUUCAACCCGAACAUUAAAUCAUCAUCAACAAGAUGAAACUAUAACAACUCAUGAAAAACCAACAUUAUCUACAUACAAAUAUAAGAGCAAUGGCAUGAGAAGUAUUCCUAUUCAGGAACAACAACAACAUGAUCAUGCUUCCGAAACUAACAAGAAAAAAGAAGAAUUACUCACCGAUUACAUGAAGAGAAAUCAAUUGAGGAUGGUAGAGGCAAAAUCUAAUGGAAAUUGUCUCUUCAAUUCAAUUUCUCUUGCAUUAUUCGAUGGUGAACAUAAGAAUUUCCAAUUGAGACAGUUGUGUGUUGAUUGGAUUGAGGAAAAUUUGGAUUCGAUAGUGAAAGAUGGAAUUAAGAUUAGAGAUUUGAUAUUUCUACGGGAAGAUCAAUCAAAUAUUUCAGAUUAUUUGCAUGAUAUGAGACAGGAAAAGGAAUGGGCUGAUUAUUGUUGUCUUAAUGCUCUUGCAAAUUUAUUGGAAUGUGAAUUGGAAGUUGUUUAUGUAAAUUAUCAGGAAAAUGAAUGGAUUGUAAAGUCGGAAAUUCAGGUUGAGCCAAUUAAUCGACCAACAGGGCUGCUACUAACGAAAAUAAGAUUAAUGUAUAUUGAAGAUUUGAAACAUUACAAUUUAUUAAUUAAAUGUAAAUAA